CAAGAAGGGCUUAUGUUAGGCCUGCGACGAGAAGUGGGUGCCGGGCCACCAUUGUAAGCAUCGGUUCCUGGUUUUUAUGGGUCCUGAUGAAGAUGAAAACCCCCUGGACAUUGAGGAUUUUGUUGACAGAGACCAAGAAGCUGCUGUAAUUUCGGGGGACAUCUCCAGUCUCCACUCACUGGCCGGCAGCCCUAGCCCCCGUUCCCUCAAUUUGGCGGGGUCCGUCAAGGAGAUGGCGGUUCAGGUGCUCUUAGACGGAAGGAGCAUGCACAAUUUUAUUCAUUCUGCCGUGGCCGAACGCCUCACGUUGACCCUCCACCCAGUAACUCCGUUUCGGGUAUAUGUCUGCAAUGGGGACUCUCUACGGUGCGCCUAUUCAUGCCCCCAAAUGCCGUUAUGCUUGCAAGGUCAUCGCUUCGACAUUGAUUUAUAUAUUCUUGAAAUACAUGGCCCCGACAUCGUCUUGGGCAUGCAAUGGUUACAAACCCUCGGCAAGGUGACGCAUGAUUAUUCACAAUUAACGGUUGAGUUCCCUUGGAAGGGCAGCCCAGUAGUCCUGCGCGGGGACGUUCCUCACCCUCGCCCGAUCUCUUAUAGCCAAUUUUGCACUCUGGCCGCGGCUCCGGACGUUUGGGAUAUUUAUGAAUUGAUACUGGCAAAUUCUUCUCCUGGGCAGGAUUCGGCCUCCCCACCUGCAUUUCUAGAUGACAUUCCGACACCUAUUCAUGCCGUCUUGGCCUCCAUUGAUUACCUCGGGCAUAUCCUGACCACCGAUGAGUUACACUCGGACCCAAGCAAAAUUGACGCCAUGGUUAACUGGCCUAAACCGACUACCAUCAAACAAUUGCGGGGAUUCCUUGGCCUCACCGAAUAUUAUCGUCGUUUCAUCGCCGGGUAUGCCAUGUUGGCAGCACCAAUGAUGGAGCUACUCAAGAAGGACAACUUUCAUUGGACUCUGUUGAUAGGGGUGUUUUACUGGCCGUCGAUCGUCGGGAUGUGCGGCACCCCUGGAUUUGAUGCCCCACGUGUUGCCCGUCUCUUUACCGACUUCAUGUUUAAGCAUCACGGGUUCCCUCUCUCCAUUAUUUCGGACAGAGACUCGGUGUUUAUGAGCUUAUUUUGGAAAGAAUUGAUGCGGUUAAGCGGCUCUUCGCUCAUGUUUUCCACCGCCUACCACCCCCAGUCCGACGGUCAGACGGAGGUUCUUAACCAUAGCCUCAAACAAUACCUCCGAGCUUUUACCUAUGAGCGGUCGUCCAAGUGGUCGAGUUUUCUACUGUGGGCAGAGCUCGCCUUAAAUUGCAGCCACCAUGAAGGGCUGGGCGUUUCUCCCUUCCAGGCCCUCUAUGGACGGCCACCACCUUCAUUGUUCCCUACUUUAUCAGUGCGUGCUCGGGUUCCGGCGAUUGAGGAAAUGUUACGUGAAGGCGCCGAUUUGCUCAAUGAUUUGAAGGCUCAUCUUACAGAGAUGCAGCAACGCCAGCACCUAUUCCUUAAGAGAUGUAAAAAGAAGGUACUGAAGACACAAGAUAGCACUCCACGAAGGAGAAGUGGAAGGUUGCAGAGCGUUGUGUUCAGGAUGAAAAACAAGCUGCGUGGGGGGCCUGAGAGAAUUGAUCUUGUUGGUGACAAAUCAAACCAAAGUGGGGGUCUACUGAAGUUGAAGGGCUUAGCUAGGGAUGAAGCAGACAAAGAAAUGACAGAGAUUCAAAUAAAUGCUCUGGUGGAUGGUGGGAGGGGUGAUUUGCAUGAUGAGAAUAUGCAAGCUAGGCAGGAUGCAGAUGAUGCAUAUGGGGGUGAAAAUAGUGCAUCCCCAUCAAGUAUGGGGAGUGAUGGUGACCCAGAAGGCACUGAUGAGGAGGAUGGGGAUGAUGAGGAUGGAGAAGGCAGUGAUGAGGAGGAGACAGAUUAUGAUGGUGAAGAAGUUAAUGAUGGUGAUGGAUCGGAAAGUGAUGAUGCACAGGGAUCUGAUGAGGAGGAAACUGAAGAUUGCGAGAGGGAGAUAAUAGAGAUGAGGAUGAAAUUGUUGGUGUUCUACGUUGAACGUGUUUCUGAUUUCUCAAGAACAGUUCCUAAGACAUAUCCAGCUGUGUUGGGAUGGAGUGGAAAGGAACAACGAAAGGGAGAGAACAGUGAGGUUGUUGAAGGCGGAUUUGGUUUAGGCCAUGAUGAAGGACGUAUGAGUCGUGAGAUGCGGCUGGAGGUGAACAGAGAGCUGAUUGAGAGAGAAAGGAAGGCUAUAGAGGAGAGGGAUAAUACAGAGCAUGAAAAUGUGAUCAUUGAAGAUUCCGAGGAGGUGUCUGUAAGGAAAAUUGCAGACAAAAGCAAGAUCCUGUCAAGCACAGUUAUUGAUCUACUGAAAAUGAUUCAGGAUGCACCAAAGUCGAUGGGAAAGAAUUUGAUGUUUCGUAAGAUGCGUAAUAUGUGCCAUAGAGUAAUUGGCAUAAAUGUUGAAAAGAAAGAUAAUUUUGAAAAAGAUGUUGGGAAAAAUGAAACAGACAUGUUUAGGGAUUCAGAAUUCUGGAGCAGUCCAGAGAUUUGGGCAGCGGUUGAUGAAGCGGCAAAGGCAGCAGAAGUGCGGAAGAAGUAUGAAGAAUUUAUUAAUGAUGUGCCUUCUUUCAGUUUAGGGAUGACACAGAUUCUUGAAGAAGAAGGUGGGGGUGUAUCCGAGAUGGAGAGCACGCGUGAGAGGAAUGACAUUGUGUUCAGUGGGUAUAAUAUAUCGGUUGAACGUGGAGACCUUCAGACGUUGGCGACUAGCCAUCACAUUUCACCACGGGUAGUGGAUGCUUGGUCUUGCAUAUUGAAUCACAAGGAGCUGUUUCGUAGCGUUGAAUCUCCAGCCCGGUUUUUUGCAAAAAUGAUUAGAUGUAUGUUCAUGAGUGAGGGGGAAAUGGAAGAGGCAGCUGAUGCUUUUAAGGUGGUUUGUGAUGCACUGGAAUACGGCUGGAGCUUGACUAAUCCAUGUGAUGUUGAUAUGGUGAGAUUAUUGAUGUCUGAUUUUGAGUACUGCUUGCGACGGUGGGUUGAUAUCCUCGACAGCUCAUCCGCCGACGUUGCAAAGAUUAAUAAAUAUGACAAGAUGCCAAACGUUGUUGUAAGGCAGGCAUUGAAGGAGUGGGAAUGUGGCUUGAAAAAGGGGGAUGAGAAGGCAGUGAAUGCACUUCGAACAAAGUAUUGUGCUGCGAUAGUCGAAUCAGAUGUCAACGAGGUUAAGGACAAGAUAAGGCAACAGGUGAAGCACUCGAGUGAAUUUCCAGUUUCGUAUGCUUUUGAGUUUUGGUUUCAUGGAGCAACCCUUGAUCAACAGUCACCAGACCAGAGAUCGAUAAUGGCGUUUGAACGAGCAGUCGUUCUGUCAAAACCCUAUGCUCUCCCUCCCAACGACCCUCUACGAUAUUCUCGAAUCCCAUCCAUGCCCCCCCUGUUUCAACCCUUAUCCCUCAAGCGCUCCUUAUCUUCUUCUUCUAAAAGCGGGCGAUUAGUCUCCUGCGGCCGAAUCAGCUACUCAGACGACUACACCAGCAGCAAAAUUUCCAGUUCCUCCGUUUUCGAGCGCGGCCAAAUCGAGGCCUCUCAGCUUCCGCCUCCGGCGGAGAUUCAAUGGAAGAAGGAGCUUUGCAAUUCUGUGCAGCUCAUCGGCAUCGUAGCCUCGCCCGUCCAAAUCCGACACCUUGCCUCCGGGAAGGCCGUGGCUUGGACCCGCCUUGCCGUCAAGAAGUCUGAGAACGACACCAGCUGGAUCGAUUUGAAUUUUUGGAAUGAAUUGGCUCAUGUUGCUUUUCAACAUGUGGAGAAAGGUCGUCAAAUAUAUGUAUGCGGUCGCUUGGUAUCAGAUACUGUUGAAGGGGAUGAUGGGAAACAAAAAACUUACUAUAAGGUGGUUGUUCAUGAACUGAACUUUGUUGAAAGGAAAACUUCUUCACCUGUGUCGUAUGACGGGGAAUCUAACUCCAUCACACCAGGCACAAAGCCAAAAAAUUAUGCUGCAAAUAGUACAGAAUCAGUUGAGGAGUUAUGGCAAGCAUUCUUUGCUAACCCCAUGGAAUGGUGGGAUAAUAGGAAAAACAAGAGGAGCCCAAAAUAUCCAGACUUCAAGCACAAAAGUACAGGUGAGUCAUUGUGGGUAGAAGGCUGGAAUAAUCCGCCAUGGGUGAAAUCUCAACUUGCUGUAUUGGACUCAAGGAUGGAAGCUCUUCAGGAUCAUAGCAUGGGUGUAAACUUCAUGGCCAAUGAUGAUAAUCACCCCCCUCUUUAGCUGAUUCAUGAUUGAACUUGAGAUGCUGAUUGUGUUUUUGUAUAUGUGCCUCCAGGGCGGUGGAAGAGCAGUCAAGUAGUUGGCAUUGCUGUUAACUUUUGUAAGCAUUCACUUGCAACGAUCUAGGCAAUUAAUGCUCUUGGAAGAAUUGAUACCUGACUAGGAUUGAAACAUAUUCAAUAUUUCAAGGAAUGUGAUAUUUGUUGCCCUAAGGGCAACAAAUAAGUAUUAAAUCCUAGGCCAAUAAUUAUUAAAGACCCCU